GCGGUCAGGAUUAGGAAGCUAGCUCAGCAGAUCUCCAACUGUAAGCAGUGCAUCGAGAGGUCCUCUGCCCUCAUCACCCAGGCCGACCAGACCCUGAAGGAGACGGACCACGCCCGCUUCCUCCAGACCGCCAAGACGACCGCCUCCUCUCAGGUCCUGAUUCCAGAGAUCAACCUGACGGACACGUUUGACACGUUCGCUCUGGACUUCACCAAGGAGAAAAAGCUGCUGGAGAGCCUGGACUACCUCACAGCGCCAAGUCCUCCGGGCAUCAGAGAAGAGCUCUGCACUGCAUCGUACGACACCAUCACCGUCCACUGGACCUCAGACGACGAGUUCAGUGUGCUUUCCUAUGAACUCCAGUAUGCUAUCUUCACAGGUCAAGCCAACGUUGUCAGCCUCUGUAACUCUGCAGACAGCUGGAUGAUCGUGCCUAACAUCAAGCAGAACCACUACACCGUCCACGGCCUGCAGAGCGGCACCAAGUACAUCUUCAUCGUCAAAGCCAUCAACCAGGCGGGUGCCCGCAGCAGUGAGCCAGGAACACUCAAAACCAACAGCCAACCUUUCAAGCUGGACCCCAAGUCUGCCCACAAGAAGCUGAAGGUCUCCCAUGACAACCUGACGGUGGAGCGUGACGAGACGGCAUCGAAGAAGGGACACGGCCAGGAGCGCUUCACCAGCCAGAAUAGCUACGGAGUCGUCGGCAACGUUUACAUCGACAGCGGACGUCACUACUGGGAGGCCCUGAUUGGAGGAAGCACAUGGUAUGCGGUGGGCAUCGCCUACAAGUCGGCCCCCAAGCACGAGUGGAUCGGCAAGAACUCGGCCUCCUGGGUCCUGUGCCGCUGCAACAACUCGUGGGUGGUGCGUCACAACAGCAAGGAGCUGGCCAUCGAGCCAUCGCCACACCUGCGCCGCGUGGGUGUCCUGCUGGACUACGACGCCGGCUCACUUACCUUCUACGACGCCGUGGGCUCGCAACACCUGCACACGUUCCACGUGUCCUUCACCCAGCCCGUGUGUCCCGUCUUCAACGUGUGGAACAAGUGUCUGACUGUCCUCACGGGCCUGCCCAUCCCCGAACACCUAGAAGGGUUGGAAACCCAGGACUGAGAACUAGAGUUCCACCGGGCCAAACCAGACUAAGUUGGGUUGGGUUGGGUUAGGUUAGGUUAAGCCACUUCCAAGGCACUUUGGGCCACCAUGAACUAGCAAAGGACGUCUUCAUUCUCGAAUCAUCCCAGAACACGUCAUGCUACCACCUCAUUUCAUUUUAGGCACUUUGGACCACCCCUUGGGCGAACGUCAAUCGCACAGACCACCCUUGAUUCAACCACAGACCACUGUUUGGGAUGGGAAACAAGGAAAGAGCUAUGUAGCUGUACAUUUGUGAAUUAUAGCAUUGCCCAACUCCCACCUUCAUGAUUAUGGAACCAAAGUAGCAAUGCAUUUAAAUGUCUUUACCUACUAUUUUCUUGUGCUUAUAUAAUAGAUAUGAAUUAUUUAAGUGUAAGAAAAUAGCCUAGAUACAUUUCAAUAUGUACAUUUUCCCUUGCAUUUACACAUUGUUCAUACAUUAUUUAUGGUCAGUUUACCGGGGAUAGGAGACAUUUACAAAUGUAGGGAAAUUAUUUUGAUGUAAUUUAUCGAUGUUACUUUCUAAUCUAGGAAAAGUAUUGUGGCCUAAUACAUUAAUGUGUAAAUUAUACAUAUUUUGAGACAACAUCAUUACUUUCUUCCUUACAGUACCUUAACCCCCCAAGUGUAAAAGUACCGUUGCACUUUAGACAAGCAGGGAUACACAACAAAUUGUGUCUUCAAUUGUUUUCAUGUUUUGCAAUGGGAUAGGUCCUUUGUAAUUCAGCCAUGCAUGUUUGUGAGACUCUCUCAGGUCUAUUCCAAAUCCUGUUUUCAUCCAUGAAAAUAAUGCAAACUACUUUGUCCUCUCCUGAGUGAAUACUAAAUUCCUAUUGUCCUUAGUAGUUGUCACAAACCUGAACUGAAAAACACUUCCACUUUGUUGUUAGGUACAGUGAGGACAAGUCUAUUACAAUAAUUUCUCUAUUCAGGUCCAGUGGCUGCUGGGAGGUAAAUUCCAAUGACAACAACCAUGCCUCUGGGCAUUUGUCAUUCAUAUGUCAUACAGUGAAGUCAUCAGGAAGCACCACACGUACAAACUCAGGCAUUAUUUCAACAAGGUCGAUGCCACCACUAGCCACAGCUUGACCACUGUAUGACCCAGUGACCAUGAACUCAAACGUUGUAGGAUACAUCUCGCCACUACACACAGGCACUCCAUGAUGUACAUAACAUAUUAUGUUCUCUUUAACUCUGUUUUCUUUCAAAAGAAGGACCAUCUUGAUAUUUUACAGAUCAUCUUGGUUCAGGAUUGGUUCACUCAUUAAUGUGUCUCUUAGGUGUGGUUUGGGGUUAUCUGUUUCCUUGUAUUGGAUGCAGCGAUGAUGUACUCUUUAAUGUUACCACAAAAAUUCAGUUGUAUGUUUGAAUCCUGUGGACAAUAUUUUAGGAAAGAGGAUCGGAAUGCUUGUGUCACUGUACAAAUAUGAAGUAGAAUUUGUCGAUUGUCCAAGGUUCAAUAAAGAGAGAUACAUUUUAACUUGUUUA